AAGGCCUAAACACCCAUUGGGUACCGUGGGGCUAUAGGGGGGCCACACGGACUCUGGCGAGGGAACACGUGUGCCUGCAACAUGUACACAUUCUGGCUCCGCCUACGAGAUCCGCCUGGUGGUACCUCCGCGUUCGACAGUCAGAAUGUCAGAAACCGUCUACCACCUACAGACAAUCACAACAUCCAUAGCCAAGAGAAAAAUUUCUCCUGGGACGGGACUCGAACCCGCACAGCGCACGGCGACUGAUCAGGAGACCGAAGAGUCUACUACUGCGGCCACCGCUGCUGCCU